AUGUAUAAUUCAAGAUCUUUAUGUAAUCGCUAUCUUCAAAACAAUAAGCUCAACAAAUAUCUCUUAAUAAUGGAUGUAUUUAAAAUAUAUCUAAUAAAUGAUCAACUAUAAAAAUUGGAGUAGAAAAUGAAAGAUUUCAAAAACUAGAAUUAACCGAAUAAAGAAUUCAAUAGGUCAAAGAUGAUUUUAAUGAAAUUUAAGAAUAAAUAUUCACUAAAUUUAAUGGACUCUGGGAUCAAAUAACUAUAUAUUCUCUAUCCAAACUACUAGGUUGAAGAAGACAGAUUAGUAAAAGAAUAAACAUGUGAAACUACGAAAAAGGAAAUUUUGCAUUUAGAGAAGAAAAUUGAAAAUGUUAUUCAAAAUGUAACUUAAACUAAAAAGGAGUAGAUUUUAUUGGAGCAAUUUACCAAAGACUAUAAAAUGAUCUAUCAAAAUCUAAGAAGCAAUUAGAACAGAAGAUAAUGA